AUGGGAUCAGUCACUUUGACAACGGAGUACGGGAGAGAUACCCAAGACGCUGCUCUUGCAUCGUUCAUGCCAUUAGCAAGCUCUUUUACGGCGCGUAAUUCACUUUACGUAUCCGAUGUGACCCAAUUUGGAAUUAAUCCAGAUAUCCCCGCAGAACUCAGCUCCUGGACUAAACAGCGACGUAAAGAUGUCAACAUCGCUACUGCCCGUUUGCUCUACAUUUACAAUUUUCCGAGACAAGUGAGGGAUACUUGGGUGCAGUUGGCUAUCAAGCUGUGGAAGGCGAUCAUCUCUAUGCCAUCGCAGGCUACAACAAGCCAGUCAUCCUGA